CAAAAAGGGAAAUAUCAACUAAAGUAAAGUAAUCCACAUAUAAACUCGUAAUCUUUUAGGCAUAAACACAUAUAGAUAUCAUAACGAUCAGAAGUAAGUGAUUUUCAUGAAAACUUAGCAUUAAGCUAAAUUUACCACCUAUCAUCUGAGUCUUGGUCAAAAACAUCCCAAAAAUCGUUAGAGCGAUCUAGGUCAGCAUCGGAAAGAAAGGGAGAUCUUUGUUCUGGCAUUGAGUUCUCAGUCGACGUAUGACUUGGAUUUUGUUCAUCUUUAAGUAUCUCUUGAGCGGAUAUGUCUUCAGAUUGGUAAUCACUUUCUGGAGAAGAGGAACCGAACAUAAUUGGGAAAGUAAAACCUGCUGCAGGACUAUUGCUACGACUGAAAUAAUCAAAGUCAAUAGUUACAGCGGAUCCAAGCAUAACGGCUCUCUCUUCUAAACUCAUUUCGCGUGGGCAAAUUUGACUACUAUCACCUUCGGCAGCUUGCAAGAGUUGAUUGGUAUCGGCAUUUCCCGAGUUUGCAUCUUCAGAAGUAAAUCGCAAAACAUAAUUACCCGUAUCGGUAAAGAACUCUCUUGGCAAGCCCAUAAAGUUACGGUUGACACUUCCAAGGAUUUGGUUGUCAGCGUUACGUAGCAAGAAAUCCCAACUUAAAAUCCGCUCAUCAACCGCAGCAAACUGAUCUAACAUAUCGGAUUGACUUAAGAACAGCUGGUAUUUACGACGCCAAGGAUGCCAUUUCUGGAUAACUUCACCAACUAAUGACGGUUGGCUUGAUGAAUAAUCAAAAGCACUAACAUUGAGACGGGAAUUGAUCCAUGAAAAAGGUCUUUGCAACUGUAAAAUAGGAUUGCCAUGUACAUCCAUGACGUCUGCAACGAAUGAACGAUGUGUAUGAAAUAGCUGUCGAGACAUACUGGAGAGAAACGAAGCAUGACCCUUCUCAGCUAUAUAUCCAAGAUGAUGACCUUCAUGAUUUAGGAUAACAUAACGAUUGGCUUGUUCAUAGCCAAGAAACACAUUCAUCAUCUCUAAUUGUCGCUCCACGAUCAGCACGUCCUGGGAUAGCAAAGGAGCCGCAGGAGAAUCAUAUUUUAUAGCUCCGGUUUUGCUGACAGCAGCAGGGCUACGGGAUACCACUUGGGCAGAAGCAUCGAUGUACCUAGUUGCUGGCGUUUUGUGAUAGAACCGACAUUUUAAAGACUGUAAGCCAGAGGCAACCGGAGGAAGACAGUUCUGAAGAAAAGAGUGACUAAAAGAAGAAUUUAGAAUAGUUAGAUUUACCAUAUAUAGCAAAUUUGGUCCACAAUUGGUUUUUCAAGCGAUAUUUGGUAAAAAGAACACUCUGGAGCAUGCGAAUCCUGAAUACCCAGUACACCAUAGAACACGGUAUGUAAUUUUUAGAAACUUUUUUAAUACGUUAUUUUUUAAUUGUACAGUACAACGUCAAAGGUUAAAUAAAACCAUACUGAACAUAACGAGAUAUAACGCCUCGUUAUCCCGAAUAUUUGUUUACAUUGAAUUGAAUUUUGCUUUUAUCAACCAACUAAUUUAAUAGCAAUGAAAGAAGAACAGAGAACACAGGAUACAAUUAAGAAGCAGAAAAAUAGGGAUCUAUCCAUCUACAUUGGUAAUUUACCACAUGGUUGUCAAGCAUUAAAUGUCAUCAACCUUUGCAAACCAUACGGAAAUGUAAUGGAAGCACAUGUGUUGAGUCGAAAAAAAAGAAAAAAUGUCAAUAUCAAAGGCUCGGCAUUGUUUGCAUUUGUUUAUGUUGAAACACAGGCAUGUGUAGACGCUAUUGUUCAAGCACUGCACUGCUCUUUGUACGAGGGAAAUCGACUUAUCGUUGAAAAACGUCAUCCAGCCAAACCAGCCAUAUGUAAAUUCGCUCAAAUACAAGAGAAAGAGGAUCCAAGCUUAUCAAAACUAGAUUCUCAAUAUAAGGAUGCCUUAUGUCUCAAAGAUAUGCAAUUAAAACAAGUUGAGGAUGACUCGCGAAAACACCUGAAAUAUGAAAAUGUCCAAGGUCAAGGAGGUGAGCACGAAAUAAUAAAAAAGGACAGAAGCGGCACUGUUUAUUCUAGCAUAGAAAGAGAAGCACGCGAACCAAACAUAAGCUUUACUUCCGGCGACGAAAAUAAUUUAUUUUCGCUGCAAGUGAGUCCACUCAAUCUUCCGAACUUUACAGAUGGAAGCUCAAUUGCUCAGAAUGAAAUAAAUACAUUACAAUCCAACACUGAGCCACCAUUCGAGCCACCAUUCAUAAACAACUAUCAGUUUCUUCCAAGCAUACCUUUAGAUAAACUGUUUCAUUCCGAAGCUCUUGAGAAUCCAAUUAUGGUAAUUGGAAUUUUAAACGUCCCAAAACAAACUUCACCCGUCGAUCUUUAUGAAGACUUCUCUCAAUAUGGAAAGAUCUUAGGAGCAGCAAUUAAUCAAACUCCGAAUCCAGAUCAAACGUUAUAUGCCGAAUUAGCUGUCAACUCUCAUGAAGAUUGCUCAAAGAUUAUUGCUUCCUUUAAAAAUUUCUUAUACAAGGGUACACAGCUUCAGUUUUUUGUGAAACAACCAAGACAAAGACAGAUCCCGCCUACAGUAGUUCCAUCGACCCAGUCAACACUUGCACCCCUGCCGUUGAUGCCGUUUGAACCCAUUGCAAGUAUGGAGCCGCCUGUAGCAAUGAUUCCUCUUCCUCCUCCGCCUCCUUUCGUUUCACCUCCUGUUCCAAUGCCUACUGGCUUAAACGCGGUUGAUAACAAUACUCCCCCAGCACUAGACCCGUGUAAUUUGUUUGUCAAAAAUAUCGAUGAUGAUGUAGUAGGAAACUCAGAACAGUUCGAGGAGUUUUUCUCCCAGUUCGGUCGGGUAAAAUCAUGCGUUUUAGCUAGCUAUCCAAACACUGGAAUAUCUAAAGGAUACGGAUUCGUUUCUUACAAUCAUCCAUCCGAAGCGAUGCAAGCUAUAUCUUUUUUAAACAACACAUAUGUGGGUAAAAAGAGAAUAUUCGUUAGCUUUGCGGAAAAGAAAGAGGAAAGAAAGAAAAGACUGAAUGCUCUGUUUAAUCAAGAGCCGACGCUAACAUCACCUGCUGUUCAGUUACCUACGCAACCGAUUCCAUUUGACAUAUAUUCACAAUAUAUGGCUGCUCCACCACCUCCGUCGACACCGAUGGCAAAUCCACCCGUGCUAAUGCCUGGAAUAGAUCAAGUGAAACCAAAUCAAAACAACGAAAAUGAGUAUAAUGUGAAACCGAACUUGAAAACAUCAAAGAGAAAUCCUAAACAAUCAAAUGCACUUUCAAGUUUAACAAAUAUGGUUAACUAAAACAAGCACAUACUAUAAAGCAUUUACUCGUUCUAAAUCUCUAUAUAACAUAUAUCGACAUGAAUGACUAUUUAUUCCUUCAAAGGUAUUAUCUAGAAUAUUAAACAGUUAAGGGGAUUGAAUACUUAUCAAUGGUCUGCAUCAAGCAAUUGUUUACUUAGUGGAAAUGUCAACCAAGAUAAUUUAAUCUGACUGCGUUAGCAAAACGAAGCAUCAUUUACUUGCUUUCAAAAAGGAAAGCAGGAUUGACAUACUUAUCGGAUUUUUUGAGAAGGGUAUAUCGAAGAACUGUUGGCUCCAAACGCAGUAUACGCUGGAGUUCUUGUUGAACAGUAGGGCUCGAGUAGAACGACAUUGUCCACCAGUAUCCAAAAUUGUGCCUAUUAUUUAAUUUUUUUAUGGGCUUUGCGAGUUCUUUGAGGCCCAUCGACUCAAUAUCAACGACUACACCUUUGCUAUCCAAGACUGCUUUUCCACAAUUCCUAGCAACACUAAUUGCUG